GAGCGAAUAUGGCAUCCGUUCCUACCGAAGAUGAGCGCACGCAGGUGCUGAACGCGUACAAGGCUAAGGUCAUGGAGCACCGCGAAAUGGAGAGCAGAGUGAAGAACAUGCGUGAAAACGUCAAAGCGCUUGUGAAGGAGUUCAAUAAGACAGAGGAUGACCUCAAGGCGCUACAGAGUGUGGGUCAAAUCAUCGGCGAGGUGUUGCGUCAGCUGGACGAAGACCGCUUCAUCGUCAAAGCUUCUAGCGGUCCGCGCUACGUCGUCGGAUGCCGCGCCAAGGUGGACAAGAGCAAGCUCAAGUCGGGCACACGUGUGGCGCUGGACAUGACGACACUCACCAUCAUGCGCUACCUGCCACGUGAAGUGGAUCCGACAGUGUAUCACAUGCUGAACGAGGAUGCUGGCAACGUGUCGUUCUCGAGCAUUGGCGGUCUGAACGAGCAGAUCCGUGAGCUCCGCGAGGUCAUCGAGCUGCCUCUCACCAACCCGGAGCUGUUCCAUCGCGUCGGUAUCAAACCACCCAAGGGUGUGCUACUGUACGGUCCACCCGGUACGGGAAAAACUCUUCUGGCUCGUGCACUGGCUUGUAACAUCAACGCCACCUUCUUGAAGGUUGUGGCUAGUGCCAUUGUGGACAAAUACAUUGGUGAGAGUGCCCGUGUGAUCCGUGAGAUGUUCGGAUACGCCCGAGACCACCAGCCGUGCGUCAUCUUUAUGGAUGAAAUCGAUGCUAUUGGUGGAAGUCGUUAUUCGGAGGGAACGUCAGCAGAUCGAGAGAUUCAACGUACGUUGAUGGAGCUGUUGAACCAGUUGGAUGGCUUCGACGCUCUUGGACAAGUGAAAAUGGUCAUGGCGACCAACCGACCGGAUAUACUGGACCCUGCACUGCUACGUCCUGGUCGUUUGGACCGUAAGAUUGAGAUUCCGCUGCCAAACGAGGCUUCGCGUAUGGAUAUUCUCAAGAUCCACUCGGGUCCUAUCACCAAGAAGGGCGAGAUCGACUACGAAUCUAUCGUCAAGCUCACAGACGGCUUCAAUGGUGCCGAUAUGCGGAAUGUGUGUACCGAAGCAGGUAUGUUCGCUAUCCGUGCCGACCGCGAGUACGUCGUGGAGGAAGAUUUCAUGAAGGCGGCGCGGAAACUGGCCGAGACCAAGAAACUCGAAUCCAAGAUGGACUACAGCAAGGUUUAAAUUUGCUAGCUGAUGCACAUUUCCGAGUUAUCCUGCUCUUGUCAAGAGUCGAGCAGAUACAUGAAAAAGGGAAAAUAAACAUGGCGGUGGGUUGAA